AUGGCUCACUCAAAUAGUGUGAAUUAUAGAAACCCACCAGUCUUGGCACCCGAUGGUAAUUAUGAGUCUUGGAAGUCUGAAAUUGAAAUAUGGACAUUGGUCACAGACUUACCAAAGAAGAAACAUGCAUUGGCAGUUAGUGUGGCUUUAAAGGGACAGGCAAAGGAAAGAGCUUUAGCAAUGGAUAUUGAACAAUUGAGUGAUGAGGAACAUGGAAUGAGAAACUUGAUAAGUGAGUUGGAUAAAUUGUUUAAAACAGAUGCUGUGGAUUUAGCUUAUUCAAAGUUUGACAAUUGGAAAAGAGAACAGGACACAUCUAUGGUGGAUUUUAUAAUUGACUUCGAACAAAAAUAUGCCAAAUGUGUCAAAUACAAUAUGGAUUUGCCGGACACAAUAUUAGCAUUUAAAAUCUUAGAUUAUGCUAAUUUGAGUGAACAAGAAAAACAAUUGGCAUUGACUGCAGCAUCAGACUUAAGGUAUGACACAAUGAAAUCAGCUUUGAAGAGAAUUUUCACCAAAUUACCAGAAACAAAUGAUAAAGACUCUUCUGUAACAUUGAAGGAAGAAAAUGCUUUGUAUACGAGAAACAAACCAUGGCGGAAAACUUACCUCAAAAAUCAGAAACAAAACGAAAGAGAUGAUAAGACUCUUAAAGGUACAAAUCCACUUGAUAAGUAUGGAAGGAGGUCUAAGUGUUUAGUAUGUCAAUCCAUCUUUCAUUGGGCUAAAGACUGCCCUGAUAAAGAAUCUGUUAACUGUACUAAACUGGAUCAAAACUGUCAAUUUAUUGAUAAUGCCAGGCCAGAUGAGAUUAUGACUGUUGAAUGUAGUGGGUGUGCAGUUUUAGACACUGCCUGCUCUAAGACAGUCUGUGGAAAAAAAUGGUUUGAUGAUUUUGUAUCACUACUGACUGAUGAAGAAAGAUCAAAAAUAGUAACCAAAUCAAGUUCUAAAACUUUUAAGUUUGGAGAUGGAGCUAGAGUUCAAUCGGAGCAAAAUGUUGUUAUUCCUGCAAAAAUUGCUGAAGGAAAGACUAGUAGCAGAACUGUUUAUGAAAAUUUAUCAGCUUUAAAUUCUGCAAGGGAAGCCUUUACAAAAUCAGAAUGCUCAGAAAGGUUAAGAAGAGCUCUCAGAAAGCAAACUCGAACGUAUGACAAUGUUAAAUACAAAAAUGGUGAUGAAGUUUACUACAAGAGACCAGAUAGUACUGAAUGGAGAGGCCCUGGAACUGUAAUUGGCCAAGAUGGUGCAGUUGUAUUUAUUCGGCAUGGUGGUUUGAUAUUGAGAGUCCAUUAUUAUAGACUAAGACCAGUCAUUGAAGACCCAAAAUUCGAAAAGGAUCCUGAUGUAAAUGUGACUCCUGACAGAAACAUAGAAACUGUCCCUGAUGAAGAAGAUAAUCCACCAAUUGAGCAAAAUGAAGAUCAUGAAAUCAUAGCAAUUGAUGACAAGGCUGUAUUAAUGAAAGUGAAACCUGGACAAAAUAUCACAUUUAAAAAUGAUGAAAAAGACAAGAUUUCUGCCAAAGUUAUAAAUAGAGCAGGAAAAGCAUCUGGUAAAUACUGUCAUUGGUAUAAUAUAGAAAAUGAAGAUGGAAAUCGUCAAUCAAUUGAUUUGAGUCAAUUGCCAAUAUUAUGUGUAACAGACAAAAAUUCUCUGGUAGAUGCUGUAAACUCUACAAAACAAGUCAAUGACAAACGCUUGCGAUUAGAAAUAUCCAGUAUCAAAGAACUUUUACAAAGUGGACAAAUUAGUAACAUUAUUUGGUCUGAGACAAAGGCCCAACUUGCUGACUGUUUAACAAAGAAGGGAGCCUCACCAUAUUAUCUUUUGAAAACUUUACAUGAAGUUAUAUGUAGACAUUGUGUCUUUAAUGAAUCUGGAACCCACAAGUGUGAGCAAACUAUUAGACAUGAUGUGACGAAUGAAUUUAAGAAACCAUGGGAAAAAAGUUUCACCAAUGGAGUAGUUAUUCCAAAGGAUGAUGAUAAACAAAUGAAAGUUUUCAGAAGUUAUCUGAAUCUCGUUAAGAGAAAAGCACAGGACGCUGAAGGAAUUAUGUUUCCUUAUGGUGAUAAAGAUGAAUUGAGUUUGGAUGAAAACUAUGAAUUUGAUGAUUUCGAUUACCUAACUAUUCAAGAGAUUGAAGAGUGUUUAAUUACUCAAUUUUUUUGUUUUAAAUGA